AUGGUUGGGUGGGCUGCUCUCAAGCUUGACAUGGAGAAAGCUUAUGAUCGUAUGGAGUGGACGUUUCUCCGUAAAAUGUUGGUAACAUUGGGUUUUUCUGAAAGGUGGGUUCAGUUGGUUUUGUUAUGUGUCACCACUGUAUCCUACAAUUUUCUGGUGAAUGGGGAAAACAUUGGUCAAGUCAUUCCCACUCGUGGGAUUAGACAGGGUGACCCCCUUUCGCCAUAUUUGUUUAUCAUUUGUGCAAAAGGACUUUCUUUGUUACUGCAGCAGGCCCAAUCCCGGGGAGAUUUUCAUGGGUGCAGGGUUGCCAGAGGUGCACCGCCGGUUUCACAUAUGUUUUUUGCACAUGAUAGUCUUCUGUUUUUGAAAGCUACCAUCCAUGAGGCGGAAGUCAUUAGAAAUUCUCUUAAUAUCUAUGAGAGUAUGUCUGGUCAAGCGGUGAACUACCAUAAAUCCAGUGUAUGCUUUAGUAGGAAUACCUCUGAGGUUUGCAGGGAAGAUGUGGCAUCAGUGUUGGGGGUUACUCAGGCACCCAACUUUGGCAAAUAUUUGGGUUUGCCAUCUUUUAUAGGGAGAAAUAGGAAGGCUGUUUUCUCCUACAUUGAGGAUAAAAUCAAGCAGAGGCUUGGUUCGUGGAACAAAAGAUUAAUCUCACAAGCUGGUAAAGAAAUUCUACUCAAAAGUGUGGCCCAAUCAAUGCCUACUUUCUCCAUGAGUGUCUUCUUGCUUCCAGAUGGGGUCUGUCAAUCUAUUGAGCGGGCCAUGAAUCGGUACUUGUGGAGUUCGGGCAGUGAACGGGGUAUUCAUUGGAAGGCCUGGGACCGUCUAUGCAUUCCAAAGAAUUACGGAGGUUUGGGUUUUAAGGAUCUAAGGGCUUUUAAUCUAGCUAUGCUGGGUAAGCAGGCCUGGCGCUUCCUUACAAGACCAGACUCUCUGGUGACAAGAACUUAUAAAGCUAGAUACUUUCCUAAGACCUCGUUUAUUGAUGCAAAGUUGGGUAGUUGCCUAAGUUAUUGCUGGAGAAGUAUUAUGGGAGCCCAUGAGUUAAUUUGCAGUGGAGUUAGAAGGAGAAUUGGAGAUAGAAGAUCUACUUUAAUAUGGGGUCAUCCCUGGUUACCUGAUGGUCCUAAUUCUAUGAUUCAGACUAACAUGCCCCAUGAAUUAGGUGGCUCUUUGGUUUCAGGUCUGGUUGACCCUAAUACUGGAACUUGGGAUCACUCCAUCCUCUGUGAUAUUUUUAGCCCCACUGACGUCGAACGCAUUUUGAAAAUUCCGGUUAGCCCAGACUAUGAAGACUCAUGGUUUUGGGUUGGGGACCCAGGAGGUACCUAUACGGUCAAACAGGGCUAUAGAAUUACUAUUGGAAACUUUGAGAGCUCGCCAGGAGACUUUGAUAAAUGGUCACAUCUCUGGAAAAUCAAAUCCCCUGCAAAGUGGAAAACUUUUCUUUGGAAGGCCCUCUCAAAUGUUCUCCUUACCACCACCAAUCUGAUUUUAAAGAGAGUUGAGGUGGACCCGGCAUGUCCAAUGUGUGGUCUUGAGCAUGAAAGUAUUAUGCAUUCAUUGAUUUUAUGUGACUUUUCAAGACUAGUAUGGCAUGAAUCUUCUUUGCAUGUUAGUAGUGUGAAUGGGAAUGAUUUUCCAAUGUGGUUUUCUAAUGCUUUGUGUGUGCUAAUGGACGAACAAAUCUUGGUGGCAGUGGCAGUUUUAUAUUAUGUUUGGAGGGCUCGCAACUCGGCCGUUUGGGAGGGGUGUUUGCCGCGGCCGAAGGCUGUAUGGCAGUCCGCUCUAGCGGCGGUGACGGCAUGGCGACAAACGCACCUGGCAGCUCCUCAUUCUCCAUCGACUCCAGUGCUCCUCAACACCGCUCCUUUGCCUGCUGCUGCUGCACAUACGCUGCCGCAUGCAAACGGAUUACCGCCCAAAUGCUACUUCGACGCCAGCUUCAACUCAGCCGCAAGGAAAGCCACGGUAGGAGCAAUCCUUGUCUCGUCAGAUGGGGGUUUUCUAGCAGCCUUCAAUGGUCAUCUCCCCGCUUGUUUUUCACCACUCAUGGCCGAGUCACUCGCAUGCAAGGAGGUUUUAUCUUGGCUCAAAGAUCGUGGUCUGGCUUCCGUGGAUGUCUACACUGACUGCUAUAAUCUCAAACAGCUGUUAUGUUCGAACAACGUUGCCCUUUAUUCUUAUGUUGCUUUUUCGAUUAAUGCCACUAGGGCUUUAAUGUCGUCUUUUACUCAUUGCUCAGUAACUAUGCUCUAG